AUGACAAUCAAUCAAACGGACACCGAGGAUCACCUCUUCAAGUCCAAGACUCAACAGUUCGAAAAUGGCGGAAUGCCUGGGUUGACGCAGGUUCCAACCUCUGUGACCCUGUCCGCGGAGCAGUUUGAGAGGCUCUACCUGAACCCUAUGAUGCACCGCCAGACAUCUCUCACAAAGAAUUUGGGUAAUCCGACUCCACUUGGACUGGGAGCAUUUGUGUUGACGACCACACCCAUGUCUUGCUGCUUGAUGGCGUGGAGGGGCGCGACAGGAGGUGGUGCUGCAUUCACCGGAGUUUUGAUUCUCUUUGGCGGAGUGCUGUUGGUUCUCUCCAGUAUCCUCGAGUUCGUCAUUGGAAAUACGUUCUCGUCUGUGGUAUUCGGACAUUUGGGCGCAUUCUGUCUGGCUUUCGGUGCAAGCAUGACUCCGGCUUUCAAUUCUGCGGCUCCAUACUCCCCAUCAACGAUGGAUACUCUAGCAGGCCUUCACAGCCCUGAAUUCUUAAACACAUUUGCUUUCUUCUUUCUGUUCAUGGGCCUGCUCAUGUUGAUCUACGCGCUGUGCGCAACUCGAACGAAUGCAGUUUAUGUGGCCAUAUUUACAUCUCUGAUCUUGGUUUUCACGCUCCUGGCUGCUGCCUACUGGAAACUUGGAAAGGAAGAUGCCGUCGCGGGUAACCGGUUGACAGUGGGCGGUGGCGCUGCUCUGUUUUGUGCAAGUAUGCUUGGGUUUUACCUAUUGACGGCGCAGUUACUCGAUUCUGUUGGCUUCCCUCUUUCGCUGCCUGUUGGCGAUUUAAGCAGAUUCUGGGAUCUACAGAACAAGCAGUGA